AUGACUCAAGACAAGCCCCCGGUCGUCUGCGUCUUCUGCGGCUCAACAGCCGGCAAAGACCCAGUCCACCUCGAAGCAGCACGAACCCUGGCCUACGAAUUUCAUAAGAACAACGUCCAACUAGUCUACGGGGGCGGCACAACGGGCCUAAUGGGUGAAAUAGCCAAAACCCUCGUCUCCCUCUCCGGCCCACAGGCAGUUCACGGCGUAAUCCCCCGCGCCCUAGUCAAGAUCUCCACUGUGGCCGCCGAGCACAGCGUCGCCAACGGCAACACCAGUGGGGAAGGCAAAGCCGCGGAACGAGUAAUCUCUGAAACCGAAGAAAACGGAAUCCCGGAAUCAGAGUACGGGAUGACGACGAUCGUACCGGACAUGCACACGCGUAAGCGACUUAUGGCGAGGAAGGUGCUUGAGGGAGGGCCUGGGUCGGGCUUUGUUUCGCUUGCUGGAGGCUUUGGUACGAUUGAGGAGGUGAUGGAGAUGACGACGUGGAAUCAGUUGGGGAUUCAUCGGGUGGGAGUUGUGUUGUUGAACAUUAAUGGGUAUUGGGAUGGGUUGUUGGGUUGGGUGAAGAAUGCUGUUUCGGAGGGGUUCAUUAGUGGGGAGAAUGGGUCGAUUCUGUGUGAAGCUAAGGAUCCUACAGAGGUUUGGCCCAAGCUUUUGGCUUAUCAGUGUAGUUGUGAUCGGAUGCAGUUGAACUGGGGGGAAGAGUGA